AUGGCAGCCGAAGCGCCAGAGCCUCAGAUCUUCGCUAACCUGCACCAAGAUCAAGCCACGCGCGACAUGAGCUUUGCGGCUCCGCUCAACCUGGAUCCUCUUGCCCAACAGCAGCAGCAGAAUCAGAUCCAGAUUCAGAUUCAGAUCCAGGCUCAGGCUCAGGCUCAAGCGCAGGCCCAGGCUCAGGCACGGCAUCAACAGCAGCAGCAGCAGCAGCAGCUCCAACAGCAACAGCAACUCCAACAGACUCUCCACCAGCAGCAACUCCAACAACACUAUCUCCAGCAGCAAUACCUCCAGCAGCAGCAUCAACAGCAGCAGCAGCAGCUCCAACAGCAGGCCCUCUACCAUCAGCAACAGCAGCAGAUGAACGGCAUGAACGGCGCCAACAUGGGCGCUGUCAUGCCCGCGCCCACGCCCGCCGGCCACCAGGCCGAGCUCAACUACAUCUACGGCAUGGUCGAGGAGCUGAGUCGACAGCUGGCUGACAACAGAAGGGUCACCGAGGACAUUGUCAGCGGGCUGGGCAGAGUGCGGAACAAGGCAAAGGCCCAGGGCCUGGCCAACGGCGACGUGAUUUCCUCUGCCGCCGACGACAUCAACGCCCAAGAAUCCAACCUCGACAGCAUCAUCUCCGAACUAUCGGAAUCCUUCGACAGAGCCAAGCACAGCCGCGACGCAAACGCCGCCCUCCUCACCCAGUACGCCAACGCCCUCUCCCUCAUGCUCAAGCAGUUCCACGACUACAAGUCCAAGCACGUCGCCGACGUCGCCGCCUGGCACCGCUCCUACCGCGCGCAGCUCGACGAGGCCCGCCGCGAGAACAGCCGCCUGCGUGAGCAGAUCUGGGAGAUGCAGACGCACGCCGCCCGCGCCAACGAGUCGCUGCGCAAGUUCCGCCGCAGGUACGAUGAGGACGAGGAGAGGUUCGCCAAGCGCGUCGACGACACCGCCCUCAGGCAGGAGGUGCGCUUCUGGAAGCGCAUGGCCAUGCCGGAGCUCGAGGACGACGAUCCCUACUGGAGCGGGGAUGACGACAUCAUUGACGAGGCUGAGAAGGAGAGGCUGCGGGAGCUGGAGCUCCGCGCCGCCCAGGAGCAACAUAUGGUCGAUAGCCAGGGCGAAGACAGUGACGAGCAGCACCACUUGUCGUCCAUGGGCAUGAUGGGCGGCAUCGCCAUGGUGAGGGAGGAGUCUUCUGGACAGAUCUUGCCUAUACCACCUCCUCGGCCGCUCAGUGCGGCGUCUAGCACGGGGUCAACCGGUAGAUGA